CCAUAUUUCCGCGUCCUUCGCCUGAAAAUGGCCGCGACGCAAGACCCCUUCCUCGUGAUCCCCGGAUCUUCCGCCUUCUCCGACUUCCGCUGCGCGAAGCUCGCCAAGGAGCUUGGUGCGGAGUCCGUCCGUGCCAUAUGGAUUCACUUCGUCAACCCGUAUGCCGAGCUCGACAGCACUCAGCUACGCGUCCUUGAGCAGCUGCUGCACUAUGGUGACACCCCCAGUGCCGACGAUCGCCUUUACCACACCCUGCUCGACGCUCUCAUCCGUAAUGGCGAGCCCCGCGACGAGAACACGGCCCUCUUCUACGUCAGCCCUAGGCCUGGCACCAUCUCGCCCUGGAGCUCCCAAGCUACCAGCAUUGCUCAUGUCUGCACCCUCAAAGAGUCUGUGAAGCGCGUCGAGCGCGGCAUGGUCAUCGCUGCCACCUACAGCGACGACAAGCGCCUCGGGGCCGAGGACAUCCCCAAACCUGACCUCCUCCACGACCGCAUGACGCAGACGAUAUCCCGCAAGUCCCCCAACCUCAACACCAUCUUCGGUGAGCAUGAGCCCGCUCCUGCCACCAGCGUCGACCUCUUUUCUGAGGGCACCACGCCCAAGGAUGCGCUUCAGAAGGCGAACCGCGAGAUGGGUCUGGCGCUCGACGCGUCUGAGAUCGAUUAUCUGGUGGAGGCCUACACUGAGCACCUGAAGAGGGGCCCGACAGAUGUCGAACUGUUCAUGUUCGCGCAAGUCAACUCGGAGCAUUGCAGGCACAAGCAGUUCAACGCAGAGUGGACCAUUGACGGUAUUCGUAAGAACACCAGUCUCUUUGGCAUGAUCAGGAACACUCACAAGAAGCACCCCCACUUCACUGUGAGCGCGUACAGCGACAAUGCUGCUGUGCUUGAAGGAGACAACGCGAGCCACUGGGCGCCUAACAACGCCACUGGCGAGUGGAUGCAGACUAGGGAACUUGUUCACUUCCUGGCCAAGGUCGAGACGCACAACCACCCCACUGCCGUUUCUCCUUACCCUGGUGCUGCAACUGGCUCUGGCGGUGAAAUCAGAGAUGAGGGUGCAGUUGGCCGUGGCUCGAAACCUAAGGCCGGUCUUACUGGUUUCAACGUCUCGGAUCUCCACAUCCCGGGCUUCGAGCAACCUUGGGAGAUUGAUGUCGGAAGACCUGUGCAUAUUGCCAGCGCUCUGGACAUCAUGCUCGAGGCUCCUAUCGGCAGUGCUACCUUCAACAACGAAUUUGGUAGACCUUGCACCACUGGUUACUUCCGCACUCUGACCACCAAGGUCCCUGUCGACGACAAGGAGACCGAGAUCAGAGGUUACCACAAGCCGAUUAUGCUUGCGGGUGGUGUCGGAACGAUCAGGCCCCAGCAUGCGCUGAAGGACCCCGAGUUGGUUCCGCCGGGAUCCCACCUUAUUGUGAUGGGUGGCCCUGCCAUGCUGAUUGGUUUGGGCGGUGGAGCCGCAUCUAGCAUCCAGUCUGGUGAAGGUUCCGUCGAGUUGGACUUUGCCAGCGUUCAGCGCGGCAACGCUGAGGUCCAGCGCAGAGUCCAGGAGGUCAUCAACACUUGCACCUCUCUUGGCCCUCAGAACCCUAUCAAGUUUAUCCACGAUGUUGGUGCUGGUGGUCUUUCCAAUGCUCUACCCGAGCUUGUCCACGAUUCUGGUCUUGGUGCCACCUUCGAGCUUCGUGAAGUUGACAACGCUGACAAGGGCAUGAGCCCGAUGGAGAUUUGGUGCUGUGAGGCUCAGGAGCGUUACGUCCUAGCCGUUGGUCCGGAUGACCUUGACUUUUUCAAGAAGAUUUGCAAGAGGGAGCGCUGUGGCUACUCUGUCGUCGGACAAGCCAACGGCAGCCGUGAGGCGCACAACAACCAGCUUGUCCUGAUGGACCGCGAUUCUGAGGAGUACCCUAAGCCUAUCGACCUGCCCAUGUCCAUUUUGUUCGGCAAGCCCCCGAAGAUGACGAGGAUUGUCGAGUCAAGAAAGCUUAAGCUGCCUGUCUUCGACACGACCUUGUCGGCUUACAUCCCGGAUAUUGAGCCUGAGGGCCUGUUCCCGGAGGCUGUCUCCAGGGUUCUUACUCUGCCUUCUGUCGGCUCUAAGUCCUUCCUUAUCACCAUUGGCGACCGUACCGUUGGUGGUCUUACCGUCCGUGACCAGAUGGUCGGCCCAUGGCAGACCCCCGUUGCUGACGUUUCAGUGACUGCAACUUCGCUUAUGCCUGGCGUCAAGACUGGUGAGGCCAUGGCAAUGGGCGAGAAGCCGACGUUGGCUCUUAUCUCUCCUGCCGCCUCUGCACGCAUGGCUGUGGCCGAGUCCCUUAUGAACCUUGCUGCCGCCAGCCUCCCCGACCGUCUCGCUCGCAUUCGUCUUUCCGCCAACUGGAUGGCUGCUAGCAGCCACCCCGGUGAUGGCGCCGCCCUGUACGAAGCUGUUGAGGCUAUCGGCAUGGAUCUUUGCCCCAAGUUGGGUAUCAGCAUUCCUGUCGGCAAGGACUCCAUGUCCAUGAAGAUGAAGUGGAAUGACGCCGAGUCUCAGGAGCCUAGAGAAGUCACUGCUCCUAUGUCGCUGGUCAUCUCUGCGUUUGCGCCGGUUGAAUCUAUUGAAAAGACUUGGACGCCUGCUCUCCAUCGCCUGGAAGAUGUUGGCGAGACCGCAUUGAUGUUUGUCGACCUCGCCCAGGGCAAGAAGGCCAUGGGUGGUUCUGCUAUCGCCCAAGUCUUCGGCCAGGUUGGUGACGAGGCGCCAGACGUCCGCGAUGUGGACAUGAUCAAGGAUUACUAUGACGCCAUUGAGCAGCUGCACGGCUCUGGCAUAGUUCUCGCCUACCACGACCGUUCUGAUGGCGGUCUCUUCACCACCCUCGUGGAGAUGAUGUUUGCUGGUCGCUGCGGUCUUGAAGUCAUGACGGAUGACAUCUGCGCCUCUGCCGAUACGAAGGACCUCAUCGAGUCUCUGUUCAACGAAGAGCUCGGCGCUGUCUUCCAAAUCAGGAAGAAGGACGAGACCGAGUUCCGUCGCUGCUUCGCCACUUGCGGCCCGCCCGCAGGAAUGAUCAAGAAGAUUGGCCGUGUGCCUGUUGCUACCAAGCAGAACCUAGUUCUCACCCGGGAGGCCCGCGUCAUCUACAAGACCAGCCGUAAGGAGCUGCAGAGCAUGUGGGCCGCGACUUCUUACCACAUGCAGAAGCUUCGUGACAACCCAGCGUGUGCUCAGGCCGAGUACGAGAACAUCAUCGACGAUGUCGAUCCCGGUCUGCACUACAACUUGACGUUCAACCCUAAGGACGGCAUCAUGCCCUUGACCUCAUCUAUCAGCUCCUUGGUGACUGCCAAGCCGCGCGUGGCCAUCCUGCGCGAGGAGGGUGUCAACGGUCAGGCUGAAAUGGCUUUUGCUUUCAACGUUGCAGGCUUCAGCGCCAUCGACGUGCACAUGACGGACAUUCUGACUGGCCGCGUUUCUUUGGCAUCGUUCCAAGGUCUCGCGGCCUGUGGUGGUUUCUCCUACGCCGACGUCCUUGGUGCCGGUCAGGGCUGGGCCAAGUCGGUGCUGCUGCACUCCGAGACGCGCGCCGAAUUCCAGAACUUCUUCGAGCGCAAGGACACAUUCGCGCUGGGCGUAUGCAACGGUUGCCAGUUCCUGUCGCGCAUUGCGGAGAUUAUCCCUGGCGCGCAAGCGUGGCCAACGUUCGAGCGCAACGCGUCGGAGCAGUACGAAGCGCGCGUCUGCAUGGUCGAAGUCAACGACCCGCCCGAGAAGGCCAACCCGUCCGUCUUCCUGCACGGCAUGCACGGCUCGAAGCUGCCGAUCGUGGUGGCGCACGGCGAGGGCCGCGCGACGUUCCCGACGGGCCCGGCCGCCACCACCUCCCCCGAGGUCCUGCAGAACGAGGGCCUUGUCGCUAUGCAGUACAUCGACAACCGCGGGCGCCCGACCGAGCGCUACCCCUACAACCCCAACGGCUCGCCGCAGGGUAUCACGGCUGUGCGCUCGCCUGACGGCCGCGUCCUGGCUAUGAUGCCCCACCCCGAGCGCACUAUCCUUAAGGACGUCACGAGCUGGGCGCCGAGGGAGCAGAGCGAGACGUGGGGCGAGUUUGGACCGUGGGUGCGCAUGUUCAAGAGCGCGCGUAGGUGGGUCGGCUAGUGCGGUGCAGUGCGGUGCGGUGCGGGGCAAGUUGAUGCAGUAGGAGAGGGAGGGGGGUCGUGGCUUGAGUCCAUUGGACGGGAGCGCACUUCUCUUUCUUUUCCCCGUUUCCUUAUGCACGCAUGCAGACACAUUCUGGACACGGAAGGCCUUUGUUUGCCAUGUCUCGGUUUGUUUUCUCUUUUCUAUCUGCUUUUUUCGCGGCGUUGAGAAAGAUGGGCCGGAUGGGUGGGUGGGUGGUGAGUGACGGGCUGGAUGGACGGGUGAGAGGGAUGGAUGGGUGCACAUAUGCACGAAAAAGAAUUGAUUAGGAUAUCGAAAGAUAGAAAAACGAAUACGAAAAAUUAUCUGGUAGCUUUGUAUCGUGUGGUUUGGUUUGCUGCCUGGUUGCUGAUUUGGAGAGGGG